UCAUCUCAACUGCUACACGUAGAUGCCGUAAGCAGUAAUAAUAAUGUAAGCGAGCCCACACGCAACCCCUUCCCUUCUCUCUCUCUCUCUCUCUCUCUCUCUCUCCCUCCCCCUCCUUCCCUUUUUUUUUUUUUCUUUAAUUCUCUCUCUCUCUUCGUCUCUGCUAACUCCAGAGAGAAAUAUUGAGCCUUCACGUUAUUCAAAGCCGCGUUUUUUCACUUCCUCGAAGAAGGCUAGUGCUCUUUGCGCGUGUCCCGUUCUCUUCUCCAAUCCUCCACGCAUACCCUAAUAUAUCUAACUUCGAGAGUAGUUUUUUUAAAGCUUAUACAUAUAUUCAAUGGAGGUCAAACUAUGGAAUGACAAGCGCGAAAGAGAAAUGUAUGAGAAUUUUGCUGAGCUCUAUGCCAUAAUUAAAGCCACAGAGAAGCUUGAAAAGGCCUACAUUCGUGACAUAAUCUCUUCAUCUGACUAUGAAACUGAGUGCCAGAAACUUAUUGCUCAUUUCAAAACCCUAGCCUCCACAUUGAAAGACAUAGUUCCUAGCAUUGAGCGCUUUGCCGACACAUACAAGAUGGAUUGUCCAGCUGCCAUAAACCGUUUGGUGACCUCUGGGGUGCCUGCGACAGUGGAACACCGGGCUGCUGCAGCUUCCUCAGCUACUACCUCUGCUGCUAUUGUGGCAGAGUGUGUGCAGAACUUUAUUACAGCUAUGGAUUCCUUGAAAUUGAAUAUGGUGGCAGUGGAUCAAGUGUACCCUUUGCUCUCAGACCUUUCAGCUUCACUUAAUAAAUUGAGCAUCUUGCCACCAGAUUUUGAGGGGAAAUUAAAGAUGAAAGACUGGAUUACUAGGCUGUCUAAGAUGGGGGCUUCGGAUGAGUUAACAGAGCAGCAGGCUCGGCAGCUACACUUUGAUCUCGAAUCCUCCUAUAAUUCUUUUAUGGCAGUUUUGCCUAGUGCUGGCACUUGAUUUGAUGUUGGUGAGCUUGUAAAUUAAUGGGCAAAGUCCUGGUUUGAUUAUGCAUUACAUAAUAUCUUGUUUAUUGCUGCAACAUGGCAGAACCCCUCAGCAACGAGUUGGAAAAAUUACUAAUUUUGUAACAGCUUAUAUACAUUUUGGGAAUGGCUGAACGAUUAAACAGAGGCUUUUUUUGUUGUGUUAUAUUUUGUAAAUUGUCUGUACUUGAAUUUAGUACCCUCUCUAAUAGUCAUUCAUCUUUUCAUUUUUCUCUUAUGAAAAAUGAUUUUUCUCUUCUAAA